UCCCUCCCCCAUCCUGGGUACCAGUUGGGCGCUUUCGGGUGCUGGCAGUUGAAGAGAUGGAACAGCUUCCUCAGGAACGCCCAACCCCUUAAAACGCUGCUGACCAGAGCCACCCUCCUCCCUGCAGCCUUCAGCAGGGAUGGAAUGAAAGGGGACCCCUUGUUUGACCUGCCCGCGGGGAUCAGCAAUGGAGUUAAAGCAAUCUCUCUCUGUCCAUCUGGAAGCCGAGAAGCCUCUGAGGCGCUAUGGGGCGGUGGAGGAGACAGCAUGGAAAACAGAGGGACUGGGAAGCCAACUGGACAUCAUCUCCAUGGCUGAGACCAGCAUGAUGCCAGAAGAGAUUGAGCUGGAAAUGGCGAAAAUCCAGCGUCUCCGUGAAGUCCUGGUCCGUCGAGAGUCAGAACUCAGGUUCAUGAUGGAUGACAUUCAGCUCUGCAAGGACAUCAUGGACCUGAAGCAGGAGCUGCAGAACUUGGUUGCCAUUCCAGAAAAAGAAAAAACCAAGCUGCAGAAGCAGAGAGAGGAGGAGUUAAUCCAGAAGAUUCACAGACUGGUGCAGAAGAGAGAUUUCCUGGUGGAUGAUGCUGAGGUGGAGCGGUUAAGGGAACAGGAAGAAGAUAAGGAAAUGGCUGAUUUCCUGAGGAUCAAGUUAAAACCUCUAGACAAAGUAACCAAAUCUUCAGCCACUUUUCCAUUGCUGCAGGCUCCCGGGCAGAGAAGAAGGCAGAUCCCCCACCUAGCAAGCCAACUGUGGCCAAGACAGGCCUGGCACUCAUCAAGGAUUGCUGUGGGGCCACCCAGUGCAACAUCAUGUAGCCCCAAUGUGGGGUACCCCAGAGCCAUGGGGACCAUCCCCCCACCCUCUUGUCCUCAUAGCCCCCAUUUUACAGGGGUUUAAGAGAUUUCCAAGGCAGAAGGGGUUGAAGGCAAGCCCAUGACUGCUAUCACGGGCCAUGGGUAUGGCAGGUGGGCCCAGCCACUGCUGUGCAGAGUGUAGCAAUAGAAAGCCCCUCACUGUCGCAUGGCCCUCCCCAGAGCAUGCCCAACCCAGGAGUCUGUCUCAUUGUUUAUCUAACCACCAAGAAAGCCCCUCCCUUAAAAGAGUAUACCCCCACAAACCCAUCAUGUGAACAAACUGGGAAAGGGGCAUGCCCCCUAGGUGUGUAUGGCUGCGAAUUCCAAUAAUCUAGCACCAUGUUGGACCCAUUCCCCAUCCACCCUCCCAGCUUUGCUGUCAGAUACAAGUCCUGUUCCCUGUUUGUCCUCUCCCAGGGACUAUAGCCUGGAGGGUUCCACACAGCCCACACUCCUCUUAGGUUCCAUUAUGAUCACUUUCCUAGAGGCACUGGCCUGUCUGUGAGGGCUGAGUUUGUGUGUAGUAUUGGGUUUACGCCUCCAGCUCCCUCCCAUCCUGUAUCUGGUCAUAGUUCACAUCAGGCUCCAGGUUCUUUCUCAGUUUGCCAUAUCCAGCCCACAGUGGAGCAGGGUGGGGAGAAGUGGCCAAGAACAGUUGCAGUGCUUGGACCAGGUUGCAGAGAGCUGCAGGUGCCAAUGUCAAGGUUGAGUGGUCGAGAAAGGGAUCCAGAACAGAUGCCAACCCACAUCCUCUUCACCCACUGAGGGAUGCUACAGGGAGUACCAGUGAGGGGUCACCCUGCUGGCCCAAACACAUCUCUGUAAAGAACAAUUGACAGGCAGGAAAGGAAGCCUGACCCAACUGUGUCCCGUCCGUCUGAUGGUGUGUUUGAACCAGCCCCACAAUUCCUCCUGUGUAACUUGAUGUACAUUUGCCAUGGCCAGCCUGGCACAGCCUGUGUGACCUCUCUGUGCGUAUAUGUGUGUUGUGAUUGGCCUAAAUAGUUAGCACCAGUCAAGAUUUGCUGAUGUGCAAACUAUCCAUCAGAGAAAAUAAAAAUGAAAAACACAGACACCGCAUUUUAUAAGUUCUUACCUCUUUCUUGAUUAUGGACAUGUACAUAGGAAAUCAUUUUAAAAGUACAGAAAGUAUAUAAGAAAAUUUAACCACUCACAACUUUCCCAUGACCUCUGAUAUUUUGACAUAUUUCUUUGAAGCCUUCUCAUACAUUUCUUUUGUCAUGAUUGGCAUCCAUAUUGAAACACUUUAUACCCAGCUUUCUUUUCAGUUAUUAUUAUUCCACAUAGGUUCCUCCUACAUCAUUAAAAGCUCUUUGUUAAUGUUAAACACUCUUCAUAAAUAUUUAUAAUGGCUGUUUAGUACUCCAUCUUGUGGACAUGCUAUCUUACCAUUGCCUCAUUACUGGGCAUCUAGAUUGUCCCUACCUUUUCCCACAUUACAAUAAGGUCAUGAUCAAUAUCCUGAGGAGAUAAACCCUCAUCUGAAUUUCUGUCUUUUUUUUUUCUAAGAUAGACUAGAAGAAACAUUGUUAGACCAUUAAUAAGAAGCAUUUUCAAAAUACUUGUAAACUUGGCUUGGGGUAUAGCUUAGGUAAACUGCUUGCCUCACAUGAACAAAGCCCCUGGGUUCUAUCUUGACUUGUGUAUAACCUGGGUGUGAUAGGGCAUGUCUGACUCAUAGCACUGGGGGGAAGUGGAUAUGGGAGGUUAAGAAGUUCAAGGCCACCCUUGGCUACAUGUUAUAUUUAAAGCUAAAUAAGAUCUCCAUCUCAAAAAAAAAAAAAAAA